AUGGAUCUGAGUUCUAACGAAAGUGGUGCCUUGAAAUCCGACAGCAAGGAUGGUAAAAUAGACGAGAACCGGUACUUGUCAGGGCCCAAAUUCUCUAAAGAUGCACCAGUAGGACUUAAUGCCGACCAGAGGCUUGCCUUUGCUUUGCGGGACUUUUUAAGUCCAUCAAGUGCAUCAGUUAGUGAUGGAGAACCAUCACCCUCGGCGCAAGGCCAAACGUUGCCUUUCAUAGAUGAGCAUAUCGACGACGACCACACCACGCAGUCUGACGGUGAGCAACCGCAGUUUCGUGAAACUGAGGAUGUUUUAAAUAAUGCUGCCUGCCGUCUUAGACGAUGGCGAGCAGUCUCGCGAAAACUACGGAGGCCCCGCAUCAUUAAUAACCUAAAUACAAGUGAUGACAAGGAAGGGAAUAUUAGUAAAAUGUAUAAUGGUGGCCACACGGACUUAGCUGACCGACUCAGGAGCUUGGCAGCCGCAGGAAAUAUGUCAGCGUCUGCAGGAGAAUUAUUGUCCCUGGCGCCACCGCCUGCGGCCGCCACUGCGCCACCGUCUCCAGGCUGUCUACUCUCACCCUCGCUUGCCGAUCAAAGUUCUACUGAAUAUUUCGGUUCAAGUCCUGAGUGUUGUGCAGACAGUGCAGGUCUGGAGACACCAAACAACAUUGGUACGCCAGCACCUCCUCCAGGGCCAAGGUACAAGCUGGCCAUAGAGGGCUCUCUGAGGGUGUGUUGCUUUCAGCACACUAGGACUGUAGUAGACAAAAUCCUAGCCGCCAAGUUCCUGAGAAGAUGGGAAACACACGUCCUGGUUUUAGAAGAUCAAAACAUAAUUUCUAAAACGAAGGUUUCUACAGAGGGCACUGUGGCCCGUUGGUCCAAGUCUGUGGUCAAAGAAUUGUAUCAACAUAAAAAUUACACCAUAACCAAAAAGAAAAAGUAG